CAGGUAUUUCUGACUACUUUGAAGCUAAAGUAACUUUCUUUUGCCUCUCAGUGUGUUUGAACAGGUAAAACGAGUGUCUCCCAAGUUGAAGUUUGGCCAAGGGAGUUGCAAGCGACUAUCUUCUUGAAGUACCAUGUCCACAGAUGCUGAUCCCUCGACCUUAGUGAAAGUGCUUCACUUGGUUUUCCUUUCAACUUUCUGGGGGAUGCAAAUCUGGGUGACUUUUAUAGCCAGUUUUGUGAUGGGCAACAAUCUCUCACAACAUACAUUCGGAUUCAUUCAGAGUUGCCUCUUCCCUUAUUACUUCCACAUCGGCUCAGCUUGUGCUUUCAUCAACCUGACCAUAUUUGCUAUGUGUCACCCCAGCGAACUUCUCAAUGAGGAAGAAACCAUGCAGAUUACAGUCUUCUUCAUUUGUGUCAUAGUUGCUGCUCUAAAUGCUCAGUGGUUUGGGCAAGUGACUUCAGAUAUUAUGGCCGAAAUGCACCUGAUUGAGCAAAGCUAUGGCUUGGGAGAGGAUGCUGGGUGGUUCCAGCAUAAGUCGUUUAUGCGGCUGCGUCAACUGGAUUCUCAUUACAGGGAGCUGACAAGCAGACUGAGCAUCUACCAUGGUUUCUCUUCCCUCUGCAACCUGUGCUGCAUCGCAUGCAAUGGCUUGAGCCUCUACUAUAUGGCUGCUCACCUUUCAACAUUAUAAGCACAUGGGUAAAUAACCUGCAUGGGCAUGAUUGUGAAAAGAUGGACUGCAAAUGGCUGAAGCCAUAGCCUGGGUUGCUGUAGGGUGUUCCUCCACGCAAGAUUCACAGGUGCUUGGAUCACCCUGUUCUGAGUGUAGCAUGCUAUAAAUUUUCUAGCCAUCGCUGGGUUGGCAGC